UGUAGAUUUAGUGUGGCAGCCAUUGUAAUUUGUACAUGUCAUUUUGCAGCAGAAUAUUCGGCAAAAAUACGACUUUGUUCAGGAAAGACUCAUGCUCCUGAGUGACUGUGUUUGUCUUCAAAGGCUUGUAUGAGCUUGUAAUGGCUGGUGCUGGUGCACAUCGAAAUUUAAAUGGACGUCUGAAUGGACAAUUUAAUGGUCAGUUGAAUGGUCAAGUACCUGGUCAAGUGAACGGAGUUUCUCGACAGCAGCAGCCACUGCAGCCGCAGCAGCAACAGCCGCAACAGCAGCAGCAGCAACCCCCUCUGCAGCAGUGGGCCUUGCCAGUGGUGCCACUGCAACCCACUCCACCCCCGGCUAUCCCGACGGUCAGACCACGAGGGGAAGCGGUCCCCUACAAUUGGCAGUCCACCAAGACUUCGGUCAAGGAACGCUUUGCCUUCAUGUUCAACAAUGAGAUCCUGAGCGAUGUCCACUUCAUUGUGGGCAAGGGGAUGAACACCCAGCGGAUCCCCGCCCACAAGUUCGUCCUUUCCGUUGGCAGUGCCGUCUUUGAUGCCAUGUUCAACGGAGGGAUGGCCACCACCUCCAAUGAAGUGGAACUUCCUGAUGUUGAACCCGCUGCGUUUCUGGCUUUGCUGCGAUUCCUGUACUCGGAUGAGGUGCAAAUUGGCCCGGAGAGCGUCAUGACCACUCUGUACACGGCCAAGAAGUAUGCUGUCCCAGCGUUAGAAUCAGCGUGUGUGGAGUUCCUGAAGAAGAACCUGAGUGCAGACAAUGCAUUCAUGCUGCUCACUCAGGCUCGGCUUUUUGAUGAGCCACAACUCGCAAACCUCUGCCUGGAAACUAUAGACAAGAACACCACCGAAGCGCUUCAGGCCGAGGGCUUCACGGACAUAGACCUCGACACACUGAUCAACGUUCUUGAGCGCGACACCCUGGGCACGCGCGAGAGCAAGUUGUUCAAUGCAAUAUCCAGAUGGGCAGAGUACGAAGCUGUCAGACAACAAUUACCAGUCACGCCGGAGAACAAACGCAGAGCGCUGGGAAAUGCCCUCAAGCUGAUUCGCUUUCCCCUGAUGACCGUGGAAGAGUUUGCCAGUGGGCCUGCGCAGUCGGGGAUUCUGACAGAUCGGGAGGUUGUCAGCCUCUUCCUUCACUUCACUGUGAAUCCUAAGCCAUCGACAGAGUUCCCUUCCAACCCAAGAUGUUGUCUGACUGGGAAGGAACAGACUGUGAGCAGGUUUAUGCAAGCAGAGAGUCGAUGGGGUUACAGCGGCACAAGUGAUAGGAUAAGGUUCCAAGUGAACAGACGUAUUUUUGUGGUUGGAUUUGGUUUGUAUGGCUCCAUCCAUGGACCAGCUGAUUAUGCCGUCAACAUACAGAUACUCCACGGUGAUUCUGAUGCAGUGCUUGGGCAGAAUGACACAGGGUUCAGCUGUGAUGGAUCCGAGUCCACGUUCCGUGUCAUGUUCAAGGAGCCCAUUGAAAUUCAGCCCUCGAUCAGUUACAUCGCCAGCGCCACACUCAAGGGCCCAGACUCCCACUACGGCACCAAGGGAAUGCGGAAGGUUGUCCACGAGUCCGUCUCCAGCGGCAAAGUGGUGUUCCAGUUCACCUAUGCGUCCGGCAACAACAACGGGACCUCUGUGGAGGAUGGUCAGAUCCCAGAAAUCAUCUUCUACACGUGACAAGAGAGACAGCAUGAACUCCAUGUUGGUAAUAUUCAAGAAACUCGUGUUAAAUAACUGAAUUCAAUUUGAAAUAAUUUCAUUUGCUCUGAAAAAAGUUUGAUGACUGGUUUCUGCACAGUGUGUAAAUGUGCUCACAAAUGUCCAUGCAUAUAUUAAAUUCUUAACACUGACUGGUUUCUUAAAAUAUCUUCAUAUUACUUGAGAACAAGGCCUUCAUUAGGCCCAUGGUUUGUAAUCCUAGAAAACAUUUACAGUUGUUUGUGUUUGGCAAUUCAAUUUGUUAAAUGUGAGAAUGCAAACCCUUAAACGACACCCACUCAUGCACUUUAGUAUCGGAACCGUUUGAACACGUUAGUAAAAGCAGUAUAUCAAGCCAAAGGGAACACUCAAUGGCGCAGGUGCAUGCAUGACUUAGCCAUUUAUGAACUGGGUACUGUGUUGAUUUGUUUGUCAUAUUUUGAUAGCUUAAAGUGCUGUGCAGAAAAAUCAUGUUUGGUGUGUGUCAAUUAGAGAUUCAUUAUGAAACCGUUGCAACAGACAGUUUCGAGGUGAAUUCUGAAGUGGUACAUUGGCUUUUUGCAAAGUUCGUCUCUUAAAAGUGUCCACUUCAGAUGCUGUAAUGGAGUUAAAAGAUAGAUGCGGUUCAUCCUUCUUGACCUUGUGUGAAAUAAACAAGCCUUUUAUGAUUUUUGUAAACUAGGAGAGUACUCCUUCACCGAGUCACUUCCAAAGUCUCUUAUAGUGGCAGCAACAUGAAAAAUUCAUUCCUUUUGGAAAACUAGCGUUUCAGAUUGCUGUGUGCUGUUCCAAACAUACCACACGUAAAAAAAGUGGGGAGCAACUCAAUCAGAGAAAUGUAUAUUUCUGCUUUUUAAAGUACGGUAGCAUAGAUAGCCCAUACCCUUCCCGACCUUCAAAACACAUCUUCAUAACAAAUUCGGAGGUUGUGGAAAAUUUUGCAGAGACCAUUUGGGUUCAUGACCCAGACUCUGGCAAAUGAUUCACCACUGGAUAUAUGGAUAUUGGAUAUGUGUAUAUUUUCCCAUGUACAUGUACAUAACAGUUUUCAAUAUGUGUCGUCAUCAGACGAGAGUUGCACGUAGCCCCUGCAUUUUGUGUCCUACUGUUUCAGUUUAAUUCCAAUGUAUGGGAAAAAUGAGUGGUUACGUUGAAAUUGUACUUAAUUCACGUUUGUAUAUGAAGACAAAAAUUAAUAUAUAUAUGCAGGUUUGCCCACAGAGAAAUGCAUAAAUUUGCUUUUAAACCUUCUGUUGGAGAUAUUAUUUUAUUACCCAGUAAUAUGUAUCACAUGAUGUAUCAUAUACAUGUAUGACAUACACCACAUAAUUUAAUGCCAGGAAGACAUAAUGUGGCAUCUGAUCAUUAAUGUCAAACAGCAGUCACAUAAUAAGUGAAGCAUGUCCAAUGAGUAUGUC